GCGGAAAAGUUAAGUGUCACGUUACGGCAUAUGGAAGCGUUAAAGUUGUCGGAGUCGGAAAUCAACUUCUACUUCAGUGCUUUCGAUAGCUGUGACGUCGAAAAAAGUGGGAAGCUAUCAACGGAGUGUGUGAAGAAGUUUUUGUCUCGCUUUGCUAUUUCAGAUGUCUUGAUAAACGAUGUAAUUAUCUCGUAAUAAUUUUGAGACUAGAUUGUACAAUUAUCAAAUCCAUUUCCCUAUGGCUUGUGGGGACGGGUAAAUUUCUUCACGGCACUCAAGUACGUUUCGCUCGCUCAGAGCGGAAUUCCAGUGUCUAGAAAUGAGCUAAUCAGAAACAGGGAAAGUCUCCCCCUCCCAUCAUACCGUGAUAUCUGUGUGCCGUUAAUGGAAAAUGAUAUGCCUACAGGGGAGCAUUCUUCACACAGUCCUGCCUCCGCUGGAGAUUAUCCUAACUUAGACAAGCAAUCUUAUGGACAUAUUUGUCACAAAAUUAGGUUUAAAGAGAAUCAGGUAGCUGCAAAUAACAGCAUUUCGGGGGACAAUGCAGGAGAGCCAUGUUUUUCUUCAUGGCCCAAGUGUUGCGACGAAGAGCAAAGUCUUUUAACGGAGGAAACUAUCAAACCUGAUAAUUCUGUCUCCUACGAUAACGAAAACAAAACUCCCGGAAAUUCCGAUUGGUGGAUUCCAGACAAGUCAUUCCGGAAAGGCGUACAUUUAAACACCGAUUACUCAUCGUCCCGAUCUUCUGGUACUGUUACUUCUCAGGACUCUAACUCGUCUACUUAUUUUGCUAGCACUAUUGAAGAGUGUAAAAACAUCAAGAAAUUACAUGAUGCCAGUGUAUGGAGUUAUCGAGAUUUACCCGAUCACUCAUCUGAUCAGCUUAGUGGAAUUCAACCAAAAGGGAGUUCUACAGAUCAUUCUUUACAGAACACUGAUUCUCAACGUACAAAUUCUCAGAACAAAUAUCAGUUUUCACUGAAUAGUGACCAAAAAUCUGAAGUUAACAAAUGGAAAGUAUCACACUAUCGUAGCUCUUCAUUCCCAUUCUCACAAUAUAAUAACACUUAUUGUAAUCGAAAUGAAAAACGUAAAGAAAAACAUCUUAAAUGGUUAUCAUCAUUCGCAUUACAAUCAAAGAGAGAAGCUGAAUACGCAUCACAGUUUGAUGAGUUCUUUAUUUCAAAAAACAUUGAUAACCUUGUUACUAAUUGCCAUUUGGUAGUAACACGCUCGGAAGUAACGCAAUUAUUUACAGCUCAAUAUAAAAUCUCGUCAGUUGAUUUCGACAAUAUUUGGUUAACUGCUGAUAUCAAUCGGGACAAUUAUUUAGAUAAAGCUGAAUUUUGUUUAGCCAGUCAUUUAGCACAUUUGCUUGGUCAUCGUGGUUUAUCAUUGGAUGAUGCCAUUGGUGCUUGCAAACCUUAUAUCAGUAAAAUUAUUAGAAGGUUAAGGAAGUCUGAAGCCAAAGGUAAUCAAUUCGACCUUCCUCACCUAGAAUAUUUAUGCGCCACUGGUUCACUGAAUAAUGAUUCAAAAUAUAAUUCAAUAAAUAAUCCAUUGCUGAAACAACACUCUGCGAUAGACAUUUUUAAUAAAAGAAACCCAAUUGUUUUUGAUGAUUCUUCUUAUUCCUUGAAUAUGGAUUCUGCCUUUGGUAUUUCUGAGACUAAUUCUAAAAGUUUAUAUUAUAAUUCAUUUGAAAACUUGUCACACUGUCCUGUUGUUAGUUGUGAUAGUUAUAGUAAGUCUUCAUCUUCAACUGGAAUUGUUGGUAGUUCCUCCUCCUCUUCGUCAUCAUCUUCAUCCUCCAAUCCAUCCUCCUCACGAUUAUCUGCAUCACCAUUUUCGUCGUCUGAAAUUAGUGGUUCUGUUGAUUCAGUGCAUUUAUCAAGUGAAAAGACUAGUACAAAUAACCCCAAUUUUCAGAGUCCACAGAAUAACUGGCUGUGAAUCUUAUGUGCGAUCCCAACCAUUCACUGGAGUAAGAAGAUUACAGGAGCUUUCAUUGGCUAACCCGAAUAAAAAAUCUAUGGACAACCCAUUCAUAAAUGUACAUACAUACCCCUCAAGAAGUCAAACUACAUUUUCAACUUAAUAGUCUAUGUCUUUCCUGAAUAUAUUGAUCCGAUCCAAUUACUAUCUGCAGUCACUGGCCAUCGAAAAACGUUUUUAUCUGAAUUAUCUAGUAGUCGUCGACGUCGUCUUUUGUCUUCACUUAUUCGGGAAGCCAAAUCGGUCAAUCAUACGUUACUUCGUUUAAAUAAUGAAAUGCAAGGUGAACUUGCUGAGUUAAAUGAUCAGCGAGUUAAUUUACGUGCACAACUUCAACAUUUGGGACUACAACCAGCAGUUUGAAGAAUAAACUAAACAUUUUGUCUAAAAAUUUACUUCCACAUUUGAUCAUUUCAUUUUUAUUGAGAGGUGAAUAAUAUUAGUAAAAUCUGAUUUAAUAUGGGGUUAAUAUCCAAAGUGUCAAACUGUAAAAAUAUCAUUGAAAUUUUGCAAUCAAUUUCUGUAUCAUUGUUUACAUGAUAAUAAGUGCAAUGUGGCUAAUUCUGUCGUGAAUUUGACUUUUAGUGUAUUUUUUUCAGCAACGAUCGGUUGUGAACGUUUCUACAUAUUCAUAAUCCUCAAAAUUAGGUUCUUUUUUACCCAAAUUUAAAAUUGUUUGAUCAGUGCCUAAGAUCUAUUUUUCUUAGGCAAUAUUAAUUUCAACAUAAACACUGUGUUAAGUACAGUUCUUCAAAAAAAAGGUUGAUAGUAUGUGUUAGACUUUUUGUAUACUCCAAAAUGCACUGUACUUCUUAAUUUCUGACCAUACGAGUUAGUAUAAUGUUGCUUUGCUUCCUUUUUCGAUUAACUUCAUUUUCUUUAUUUGUAUAUUAUCUUCGCUGUAUCUAGAAAUUAGUUGAAAUUUUACUCGAAAUUAUGCAUGUUCUCCUAAUUAUUGGUUUAUUUCUUCAAUUUUUCCCGUAAUACUUGAUGUGGCUUAAAUACAAAAACCUUUCUCC